CCUUAUUUAAUUAGGGGAAUUAGACUAUAGGUAGAGAGAGUACAGCGUUACUUGGGGAGAAAGCUGCUACUCACACACCUAAAGUAGCUGCAAAAUCUCAUCUUUUACCCAUAAUUCUUCUCUUCUACCCUUUCGGAAGUCUCUCCUAAGACUGCCUUUUCCCCCAAAUUUCUCCCCCGAAGUCGAAGCUUUCAAUGCCAUCGCCGGAGGAAGAAGAGCCGAAAUUCGGCUUAAACAGCACCGGUAGAAGAAAUCUCCGCCGGAAAAAGCUUCUCGCCGGUGAAAAAAUAGAGGUAAGAAGUCUUGAGGAAGGGUUUCUCGGUUCUUGGUAUUUAGGAACUGUGAUUGCAGCGAAAAGGCGAUGUCGGCGUUGUAUCAGAUAUGCUAACAUUCUCUCUGAUGAUGGUACUGAUUAUCUUGUGGAAACUGUUGAUGUUUCCGAUGUGGUAGAAGGGUUGAAUUCUGAUUGUACUGACGUUUCUGAUACUUUUCGUGGACGUUUAAGACCUGUGCCGCCAAAACUGGAAGUUGAUAAAUCGAAGCUUGUGUAUGGGAUCUGCGUCGAUGUAUUUUUCAGUGAAGCUUGGUGGGAAGGUGUCCUUUUUGACCACGAAAAUGGUUCUGAGAAAAGGAGAGUUUUUUUCCCUGAUUUGGGUGAUGAAAUGGAUGCUGAUCUUCAAUAUUUACGUAUUACUCAGGAUUGGAAUGAGAGUACAGAGAUGUGGAAGUGUCGUGGGAGAUGGUUGUUUCUUGAUUUGAUUGAGACAUAUAAGGAGGAUAAUUAUCUCCCGGUUUCCGUAAAGCAACUUUGGUAUGACAUCCGGGACAGGAUUGGUUUUGCGAGAAUCCAGGAAUGGACUUGCUCUACUAGGUAUUUAUGGGAAGAUUUGAUGCUUGAGGUGAUUGAUGAUAAUCUUAGAAUUACCGUUAACCAGUUUCUUCAUGAUUAUGACGCUGAAAGAUUCCCUCAAUUGAAGCUCUUAAAAGAAGCUUCUCAGGCGGUUAGUGAGACCAAUACUUGUCUCAGCGGUGUGCUAGUGAUUGCUCAAAAAGAACAACAAUUUUCCUGCACUGACAAAGAUUACCAACUGGCAAGCCAGAUAUGUCAUUCUUUGUCUGUCUUAACUUCUGUUUCUGGUAUAAGGUCAGAGACAAGGUACAUCAAUAGGGAAACCGAAUUUUCCAGCAAGAAAUCUACUGCCGUUGAUAAAAAGUUGAUACUACACAAGAAAACUGGAAACUGGCAUCCUUUUAAUUGUGUUGCUAAAUCAUGCCCACAAGCUGUGUCAAGCUUUAUCAGGUCAAUGUCACCAGAAAUGGCCACACAUGUCAGAAAACAUAUUAAGUCUAUGGGGUGGACCAUAGAACAUAUGGUAGACGAAGCUGGGAGGCAAAGGUUUCGCUACCUCUCACCAAAUGGAAGAUUAACAGAGCAUUCUCUUCGUCAAGUGUGUUUCAGAUUGAAACAACGUGAUGAAUCCUUGACUACUCCGAGGAUGGCUAAGUUUCCUAUUCUGUCUUGUGAUGAUCAGACGUAUAAUACCCAGAAAAUGAGGUGUAUUGUUUUGGCAUUGCCGGCGAGGAAUAGAACUGUCGGUCCUGGUGAAGGAAGGACACCGCCUGCUGAAACCUUGCUUGAGUGUGAUACACAAGGAAAUGAGGAGAUUUUCACGGAGGAGAGCCGCCAUUUUUGUCCCAGAAAUGCCUUCUCGGGUCAAAAAAAGACACUCUGCGUUAGGCUUGAGCCAGAAACCAAAGCUCAAGGCAUACAAAGGUUGAAAAGUAAGCGUAAACAGAAACAUAAGCUUAGAUAUAACUCCAAGAAGGAAGAAGUGAUUACAGGUUUGCGAAAUGUUGAUAUGAGGAUGAGAAGGGGGAACACUUCAAGAAUGUUAAUGGAUAUCAAGAAUCGAGUAAUUGGUCGUGGUAAAACUCGUGUGUUACGAUCAAGCAAAAGAGUGCAGCGGGUAAUAACUCCCAUCUCAAGAAAUCACAGUCCACGUAGUAUUCUUUCCUGGCUCAUCGACAACAAUGUGGUGCUACCUAGGGAAACUAUACGAUGCCAUAACCAAAAGGAUGACACUCUGAGAAAAGAGGGGAAACUAACCCGUGAGGGUAUAAAAUGCAGUUGUUGCCGGCGAAUUUUCACUAUAAGUGGAUUUGAAGUUCAUGCUGGUAGUGGAUCCUGUAGAGCAGGAGCCAAUAUCUUCCUGGAUGAUGGAAGAUCUCUUUUGGAAUGCCAAAUAGAAGCCUAUGAAGCAAGAAAGAAAGCACAACCGCCUAAUAUUCUGAAGAUAAAAUUGCGUCAAGGGGAGAACGAUGUAAUUUGCUCCGUUUGUCACUAUGGCGGCAAACUGAUUCUCUGUGAUGGAUGUCCAUCUGCCUUCCAUGCAAAUUGUCUUGGGCUGGAGGAUGUUCCAGAUGGUGACUGGUUCUGCGCAUCAUGUUGUUGUGGUGCCUGUGGACAAACCAUUGUGAACGCUACUAGCAAAUAUGCCAAGGAAGAAUAUUUUAUCAGUUGCAAGCAAUGCGAACUUAGAUAUCACCCUAGCUGCAUGCGUUAUGAUGGUGCCGGUGAUUCAUUAGAUAUAUUCUUGGUAGAUAAGUGGUUUUGCAGCAAAAACUGUGAAAAGAUAUUUGAAAAUCUCUGUGAGCUUAUUGGAAAACCGAGAGAGGUGGGCGUGGACAAUUUAACGUGGAGAUUGUUGCAGUCCUUGGAACCAAAUACAUGUGGGAUUGACGCUUCUAAAAUUGAGGAUGUGGCAGAAAAUCACUGUAAACUGAGUGUUGCCCUUGAUGUGAUGCAUGAACUUUUUGAGCCUGUGAAAAGACCUCAUGCUGGUGGAGAUCUUGCUGAAGAUGUUAUUUUUGGCAGAUGGUCAAAAUUCAAACGUUUGAACUUCAGUGGAUUUUACACGGUACUUCUAGAAAAGAAUGACGAGCUGGUUACUGUGGCUACUGUCAGAAUUUUUGGGAAUAAAGUUGCAGAAAUGCCCUUUAUUGGUACUAGAUUCCAGUAUCGCCAGCGCGGCAUGUGCCGGGUUUUGAUUAAUGAACUCGAAAAGGUGCUCAUUGAAUUGGGAGUUGAAAGGCUGGUACUGCCUGCUGUUCCAAGCGUGCUGAACACAUGGAUCAAUUCAUUUGGAUUUACAAAGAUAACACUCUCCAAAAGGAAAGACUUUCUGAAAUUUGCCUUCUUGGAAUUCGGACGAACAAUAUUGUGCCAGAAGAUCUUGAGCAGUGUGGCAGAUCCAUUUCUAAGUAGAGUUUAUGCAGUCUCUCUAGGUGAACCACACUGUGACAUUCUCGGGACUGAAGACAAUUCUGCUUCUGAUGAUAGAUCAGAAGUACAUCAAGCAGAACAGCACGUCGAUGAGUCUAUCUCCACCAAAAAUCCACCAGAGGAAAUAAAAAAAGAUGAACAAUUGUUAUUGAAGAGGAACAAUAUUUUGAAGUGUUACACAAGAAGAAAGUCAAAAUGCAUGAGGUUAACAUGAUGAAGUAUGAACAGUCGGAGGGGAGAGCCUCCUCUAGUCGAGAUACUUUGUCUCCACGAGCUGUGUUGAGAAUCUUGGAGCAUGGAAGGUUGAGAUUUUACGAUUAUUGUUUGUGUAUAAUAAUCUUUAAGUUGGGAAACAACAAAUCCCACAAAGGUGUCGAAAAAUAUGUUAAUUGAGAAAGAACGAAGGGAACAAAUGCUUUACUUCUCU